AUGGACGACAAUCUCCUCGCGCAAACUCUGAGGAUGUCGUCGCUGACAAUUCCUCAUUACACGCACGCACCAGUAACCAAGGCCAACUUGGAGUAUGCGGACCUUGCUAUCAUUGACUUAUCCAAAGCAGGGACCUUGGAAGGGCGUUUGGAAUUGGCGAAGGACGUUCGUGAGGCGCUGAGGAACCAAGGAUUCUUCUACGUCGUCAACCAUGGCUACACGUCUGCACAGAUGGCCAGGAUAUUUGACAUUGCUGAUAUCCCUUUCGCUCAUGUUAGUGAAGACGAGAAGAAGACCUAUGCUGCGAAGAUGAAGGAGACAGGCUCGUUUCAGGGGUACAAGCCUCGCCAAUAUUGGCACAUAGAUAACGGAGUUCGGGACCAAUUGGAGCAUUACAACAUCAACCGAGACGUCACGAAACGUCGACAUCCUGAACCACUCCGGCCUUUCUUGCCAGAGAUCGGCGCUUUUGCUCGACACAAUCAUGACGAUGUAUUGCAUCCCAUCCUCAGGUUAUUAUCACUUAGCCUUGAGCUGCCGGAGGAGACAUUGGCGAAGUUGCACGAGUUUUCGGCGGUUGGAGAGACAUAUGUUCGGUUCAUGAAAUAUUAUCCACGAAAUGAGGAAGAAGAGGCCAAGACGAAGGGUGUUUGGCUGAAAGGCCAUACAGACUUCGGGACACUCAGUAUCCUCUACAGUCAACCUGUCGCCGAGCUUCAAAUCCUAACCAAGGAUGGGACUUGGAAGUGGAUCAAGCACUUCGAUAAUGCACUGGUGAUCAACGCAGGAGACGCAAUGGAGUUUCUCUCAGGAGGGUUUUAUCCCGCAACAAUCCACAGAGUCGUCCAACCACCCACAGAUCAACAGAAGUAUACCCGUCUGGGGGUGUUUUACUUCUGCACGACAAACGACGAUGUGAAAUUGGUACCGCUUGCCGACAGUCCUGUGCUGAAACGGUUUGGGAUCACACGAAGGUUUGAAGACGGUGAUGAGCCCACUAUGGGGGCCUGGAGGCGAGCGAGGACUGUUGCUUAUGGUCAGUCGGAUCUGAAGCCUGCAGAUGAUAAGGGGGUUGAGGAAGAGAUUAUCAAUGGCGUUCCGGUCAAGCAUUACAAUUGA